CUGAAACAGGGAGAGGGAGAUGUGAGUGGCCCCAGCGCUUCAACAGGAGUUUAUUGCUCCCUUUCACUGUCCACUGAAACUUUCUCAACUUUUAAUUUCAAGCCUUCAUAUUUUUCUUCCACCGCUGAAAUGACGACCACCGGGAACUCCCUGGCCGGGGAGGGGAUGUAUUCCCAACUCAUAGAGGACGAGGGCUCAUAUGACGAGUUCAACAGCAGGCCAGAUGUUGGACUUGGCGCUCACCCAGUGUCCCCAGUCAGAAUGAUCCCCAGGCCGAGUGGCCCCGGGCCCUACCGCUUCGCCAUCAUCUGCCUGGCAGUACUUUGUGCCAUCCUGCUGAUCUCCAUCAUAGCCGUCACUGCACACUAUAAGAGCAAGCCUCAGGGUGGUGGUGAAACGGCCUCGGAGAUACAUAAGCAGACGCAGGACGCAAAUGUGUCGGCUCUGACCUCUUCCAUCAGCAAGCUGCAGCAGGAGAAAAUCCAGCUGCAGAAAGAGAAAGACGAGCUGAAAGCCAAACUGGCCGCCGCCAUGAUCACUAAAGCUCCUGAGGUGAUAAAACCAACGAUGAAUGUGGAGCCCGCACAAAUAGUCUGCCCCACGGACUGGCAUCUCUUCAGCAACAGCUGUUACUUCAUCUCAAGAAACACGAGGGAUUGGCCUGAUAGCCAGUCGUUCUGCCAGAAACAAGGAGCUCACCUGGCCAUCAUUCACACGCCCGAGGAGCAGACGUUUCUGUGGAAUCUUCUACCCAGAGGCCACUGGAACGCCUACUGGUUUGGAAUCACUGAUGAGCACACAGAGGAUCAGUGGAAAUGGGUGGACGGCACCCCGCUGGUCGGAGGUUUUUGGGAGGUCGGCGAGCCCAACAACCACAUUGACGAGGAUUGUGGCUACAUUGUGAAAACACGUGUGUUAGAGAGAGUGGCGAUCCGAAGCUGGUACGACGCCCCCUGCAGCAUGUACUGGCCCUUCAUCUGUGAGAAAGAGAUGGGUGCAGGUGCCAGCAACGCUGCACCCCACUGAGAAACAUCUUUUACAGAGGGAACAUGAGAGACACCUUUUCCUGAAAUGAAUAUAUGGUAUUUUGGACUUUCCAUUUUUUCAUUCAUAACAAAAGCAUGGACAGUCCGCUUUGUCCAGAACACUAGAUACACGCCUGGUUAAAAGUGUAUUAAAAUGGAUUAAUAAGUUUACAAUAGUACAGAGGAAACUAAAGCUAGCUGUACUCUGCAGCAGUAAUCAUACAUUUAUUUUUAUGAAUUCUUUAUACUGCUUUAUACCUUUGCUUCCUUAUGCAACUGACUAUGUAACGAAUAUCAGCAUUUAAAGAAACUUUUUUGAUUAUACUUAUAGAUUAUACUAUUUAUACUUUAUUUCUUUUAGGCAUCUAAUAAUAAAAAUAGGAAUAUUACAUUAACACAAGAUAAAAUAAAAGGUGAAAAAGUCCAGUUAUGAUUAAAAAUUGUCAAUUAAUUUAAUCAUUACUAAAUUUAAACAGGUUACACCAAACAAACUAGUUCUUACAUACAGAUUAGUUGUUACUAAAUAUUAACACCCAGUUACAGCCAGGUUUGACUGCUACGUAGCUGAGCUAUGUACAAACCUAAUAGAAUCACUUUCAUUGGCCAGGAGAGUGUACACAAAUAUGAGGAGUUUGACACGGCUUUUCCAUUGCUCGCAAUGUACAUGGACAGAACAAGCAUAAACAAACAGGACAACAAUCUCAACAAAAACAGACACAAACUACCAUGUGCAGAUAAACACAUUUAUACAUUUAUAGACAGCAACACAAUAGUGCAAUGCAGAGUGCAAAGGAUGCUGGACAUAAGGUAUUUUUAUGAACAUAAUUGGUAGCUAACGUAGGACACGUUAAGAUAUAUAUAUAUAUAUAGAAAUUAUUUUCUGACCAGACAAUGGAUCAAAAGGCUUUUUUAAAUCAUACUUUACAAACAUAAUACACAAAUUACAAAGUGUAAUGCUUACAUCAGACUUAACGACUAAAUAGCAUCAUUUAGUUUAGCAUAAUCUGAUAUUUCCCACACAGUAACACCCAUUUAUCCAUGUAUCGUAAAACUUCAAUUAAUAGCCUGGGCUUUUAUUUGCUCAAAUCAUUAAUCUCACCCUGCCUGUAUUUGGGACAGCCAUCUUAUAUGGGACAGGACUUUAAUUCCGUUACCAUGCCAGUAAAUUAAUAAAUGAACAAUACUUUGGUGCUCACUGUUUCCGUAAAAUUAACAAAACAGUUGAACUGUGGAGAAUCUAACCAAUGUACAAUGUGUAGCAUGUCCAUCUUGACAUAUGUUUAAACAUUUAUAUUGGUAUGCCUUGCACAAUCUAAGCAGCUUAGAACUAGCUCAAGCGAUCGACCCGGUGGGCUUGGAGAGGUUUUGUACAUCCAAGAACUGUAAAAAACAGGCGUCUAAUUGGGAUGUUUUACAGUAUGCAUAUAUAAGUAAAAUAAUAAUAAUAAUACCUGCAUUUACAGUGGAUUGGCUGUUAACUUUAAUUUAUCUCUGUUAUUGGUGGAAGAUUCUACGCUGCUAUUCUGUUUAGUUACGUUAGUAGUUAGUUAGUUAGUACGUAUUUUAAUGCUUUUGAUUGAACUGCACUUAUCUAUGCAGCUGAUUUACAUGUAACUUGAGUCUUUACUAGCUAAGAUACUGCUAACGUUUUACUAGCGCAACCUCAUGUAGUAAGUUGCACUGCAAUAGUUUCUAUAGUAAUAGUUUCAGGUUGCACUACAGGUUACUAAGAACUCAGGCGCUACAGUGUCUCAGUGCCUGUCUGUUAAACUGAGCUUUUUAGCACUCAAUAGUGUUUAUAUCAGAUAUAUGUAAACUGUACAUAAAUCAAGUGUCAUGAUGUUAAUAAUGUGUGAGUAUGACUGAUGUGUUAGUGAUGUCACCACUUCAGAAAAUGAUCAAUUUGAUGUUUCUAAAGAUGUCAAAGUUUUUAUGUUUUUUAAGCUACUCAGUUGAUUCUUUUGAAAUGUCACAUAAAUCAAAUAUUUGAAAUUAUGCAUAAAUGUGUCCUGUAGAUCUUGUAAAUAAAUAAUAAUGGUAAUUGUUUUGUA